AUGGACAGCGAAGGUGGCCUGACGAAUUUCCUCUUUGGAAAUGUCGACGAGGAUGGUCGCCUGGAAAGCGAUGUCUUCGACGAUUCAGAAAAAGCCCAAGUCAAUGCAUUGGCGCAAAUGGGCAUGGGCGGCCUGUUAGAUGAUUUCGACAAAGAAGCGCGUGAAAACAUGCUACCCGAAGACUACAAACUGCCUCCGCCAAGUCCACUUGCGCGAGAUUAUUCUAAUAUUUCCGAUGAAGAGCUUGAGGAUUUCGAUAGUCCUGGACCAAGUCAAUCCCAGUCACAGUCGAAUUCAAUGCCUCCACCGCCAAGUUUCAAUGAUCGAAAACAGUCUGACGGAGGCAUCAUUCUCCCGAAACAAGAAGCCGCCUCAAGAACUCGACUUCCUUGGAGAUAUCAGGGAAAAGAAAGAAAAGGCGACAACCUUUGCUCUCCUAGAUCACCGAAGCCAGAAGAAAUCGCUGAAGACGAUGAGAAAAUCGCUCUUCAAGAAAUGGCCUGGUGCGACGAGGCUGAAAUUGCUGAAGAAGGGCAAAAAGAAGAAAAACUUAAGAAAACUCCACAGUGGAGAAACGGCCCAGCCAAGCUUUGGUUCGACAUGCUUAACGUCCCAGCGGAUGGAGAAGGAUUCCAUUACGGAUUCAGGCUGAAGCCAGAAGUUCAGAAGGAAUUCGACGAAAUGGACGAUAAAGAGCGCGAAAAGAGAAUCGCAGACGACAACAAAGUCACUUACGACUACAAUCUAUGGGAAAAUCUUGACCAAAGUGUGCCCCUUCACUCCCAGAUCGACUGGGAGGAGGACAUCAUCUGGGACCCAGAGGAUGCGCAUAAGAAAAGAUCAACGGGCUCCCGCAUAGAUAAAGAGCGCCUGGCUGGAUGGAUUCCGAAAGAAAAGAGCCGAGAACAAGAUCAGCUUCAAGUUGUGGGAAAUCAGUCGAUUUUUCCAAUCGACAAUUAUGAUCUGAUUUAUGGAAAUUGGGAAAAGGAAAUUAUCUGGGACUCGCAAAACAUGGAAUAUCUACCUGUGCCGAAAGACUUCAAAGUCAAUCCGAACGAUGAUAAGUUAAUUUUACAAAUUCCAGAAGAUCCUGAGCCAAGAGCUGAAUUUAAAGUCAAAGAAGGAGGAAAAAACAAGCGCGAGCUUUUUAAACGGACUAAAGAAGUUCUGCGUGAUGUAGGAAUCGGUCAAAAGAAUGAAGACGUUGAUGAUGAGAUCGUGCCUCAACUCCGUCCCGAAAAAGACAUCUGGAACUUAUCAAACGACGACUUUUAUGAUCCGAAAGCAAAGGCUGAUAAGUCUGGCAAAGGUGGACAUGGUGUUUUGCAGCACUCUACUCCAGCGAUUGAACUGUAUCAAAGCCUUUUUCCUACGCACUUGGAUCAUCAAACCCUUAGAAGAUUUCACAGGCCGCCAUUCAAUACUUUCGAUAUUCCAACCGGCCUCCCUCUCAAGAUCCGAUCGUGUAUCAAGCAAAAUAUCCUUCGCGAGAAAGAACGAGAUCGGGAACGUCGAGCAACAGGAGGUGGAGAAGUAUUCUUCAUGCGAAAACUAUCCGAUCUUUCUGCUCAAGACGGCGAAGUCGUUCUUGCCGAGUAUUGCGAGGAAUUUCCUCCGCUAUUCAACAUGCCUGGAAUGGCGUCUAGAAUUAAAAUCUGGCGUCGCCGAACAUGUCGUGAUAAACCCAUGGACAGAAGUUACAAAUACGGAGAGCCUGCGUAUUACACACAUCCGCCGUUUUUAGGUCAAGUGAACGCCGAUUCCUCCCAAGCCGCAUUUGAAAACGACAUGUUCCGUUGUCCGUUGUUUUUUCACGCGACGCCCAAGACCGACUUUUUGCUUAUUCGAAAUGAGGAUACUUGGUGCUUGCGUGAGGUCCCGGAAACAUUUCUUUUGGGUCAACAAUGUCCACUCAUUGAUGUUCCGGGCCCCAAUUCAAAGAAGGCGACGAGCUUUUCUCGUGAUUUCUUGCUUGUUUUCCUCUAUCGUUUAUUCUUGAACUCGACUGUACAGCCGAAGAAAAUAAGGAUGGAAGAAGUGAGAAAAGCUUUCCCAGCGCUUUCGGAAGGAUCAAUCAGAAAACGACUGAAACAAUGCGCUGAAUUCAAAAGAACUGGAAUCGACAGCAACUGGUGGGUUCUGUCUUCUGAUUACCGACUCCCAACUGAAGAGGAAAUCCGUGCUCACGUCAAACCUGAAGAAGCUUGUGCGUUUUAUUCCAUGUUGGCAGCUGAGCAACGGUUAAAAGAUGCUGGAUACCGGGAAAAAUCACUGUUUUUGGACGAGAAAGAAGACGAGGAGGAAGCUUCCAAAAUGGAUAUUGAAAUUCUCUGUGCACCCUGGCAUACCACACGCGCUUUCCUAGCUGCAAUGAAGAAUAAAUGUCUACUAGACAUCACUGGCGCGGCUGAUCCAACUGGCCAAGCAAGAGAAGGCUUUUCCUACGUCAAAAUCCCAAGCAAGCCAAAUCAACGGGACGAAAAUACUCCAGCUCAGCCGAAAAAGCUCGUGACUGGAACUGAUGCAGAUCUGCGUCGAUUGAACCUGAAGCAAGCCAAAGACAUGUGUCGAAAGUGGGGUGUUUCUGACGCAGUAAUGAAUAAACUAACGCGAUGGGAAGUUAUCGACAUGGUAAGAACGCUCUCAACUCGUCAAGCGCGUGUCGGAGACAGUUCUGUUUCCAAAUUUGCGAGAGGAAAUCGAUUCUCUGCGGCGGAACACCACGAAAGGUACAAAGAAGAAUGUCAACAGCGGUUUGACUUGCAAGCGAAGCAGCUAGAAGAUGAUAGAGUUCUGACUACAGAUGACUCUUCGUCAGAAGACGAUGCGGACGAAAUCGACCUCAUGGAGAAAAAUCUCGAUGCGCUAUUCUCUAGCAAGUCGAAAACUCAGCGGGAAGUUCAAGAAGAACGCGAAGAAAAUGAGCGAAAAGAGCUUCUGAAAAUGAUGAAUGAAGAUUCAAGUAAAAAGGAGGAGAAGGAAAUUCCACAGAAAAAUCCACUUGCGAAUAUUGAUAUCACGGGUAAAGUACUUGUUAUCAGACGAAAAGUGAAAAACUCGUAUGGCGAAAUUGUUGAGAAAAAAGAGACUGUGCGGAAGCCCGAAGUUAUUGAGGCGUAUUUGAAGAUCAGGGCAUCAAAGACAGACCAAGGAGCACUGAGAAAAUAUGUGCAAGAAAAUUCUGACGAGGAAAAAGAGAAGUUAGAUAAAUUGAGACGCGAGAGACGCAGGUUACAAGAGCAGAUUCGUCGAAGCAAGAAAAACAAGAGAAGGAUCGAACAACAAUCUUAUGGGGCGGAUAUCGAUGAUUCCGAAGAUGAUGAUCUCGGAGGAUUGAUUAUCAGAGAAGACACUAAGAUAACUAUUCCAAAGUCUCUUAUCAAGGGAUCAACAAAGCGCAAGCGUAACUCAUCAGAUGAGCAGCCGCCGCCAUUUUACGCAGCGAUGAAUGAAGGCAUUUUGAUUCCGAAUUCGAAAAAGGGAUCAGCGCGGCGCGGCCGACCUACCAAGAGAAAACGGCCGAGUGAAAGCGACUAUCUCAAUCAGCGGCCGAUGCAAAAGCGUGAACGAAUACGCGCCGAUCCGCAAGUUUCAAUUAGCUCGCUCUUUGAAAGCAUCAUUAUCGAUAUGAAAGAAGUUCUUGCAGAUCAAAUGGACGCCUUCGUGCCGCCUGUUGAUAAGAAACAUGUGCCAGACUACUACGAUAUCAUUCACAAUCCAAUGUGUAUCCAAAUGAUCAGGGAUAAACUUCGCGAUAAUAAAUAUUCUACGAGAGAAGAGUUCCUAGAAGAUUUCGAGCUCAUCUAUGAAAAUGCAAAGCUGUACAAUGGAGUUGACUCUAUCAUCACAAGGAAUGCUGAUGCUGUAAGAGGCUAUAUAAAGAAACGAAUGCUGAGUGAAGAGGACAAGCUUCAAAAGCUCGAGCGUCAAAUCAACCCCCUCUUGGAUGACAAUGAUCAAAACCAACUCACAUUUACUCUAAAGAAAAUCAUCGAUAAAUUCCACCAAAUCGAAAAUGCUCAACAGUACUUCCAAAAUCCAGUCGAUAAAAAGCGAUAUCCCGAUUACUACACGAAAAUUAUGCACCCUAUUGACUUCGGAACGAUUCAAAAGAACUGCCAACGACAUUAUUACCGCGGUCAUCAGCAUUUUUUGGAGGAUGUAGAGUUGCUUCACGCUAAUUCUGUUAAAUAUAAUGGCCCAGAACACGUCGUUUCUCUUACUGCCAAACGCGUUGUGGAACUUGCCAACUCUGAAUGUGAAGCUGUCAAAGAUAUCCUUGAGAGAAUGGAAAGCGGAAUCCUCCAGUCCCAGGAAAACCAUCGAGAAUUUAUGGACGACCUGGAGCUUUCCGACAACGAACUCGAAGAUUCGGAAGAGGAGGAACAGGAGGAAACUCAACUCGGAAAUCUUGAGACUACGAACCGAGUUCAUGUUGGUCUUCCAGAAAUGCUACCCCAGGAAGAAGAGGUCCUUCAAAACCCUCAAGUACUUCAGGAGGAGGAUAGCACUGACUUCACAAGUCAAUUCUUGACCGCCGAUUUGGACAUAUCCGACGAGUCCUCUGACGACCCUAGUGCGAAUCCCAACCUUGCAUUCGAAGGAACUGGCCUAUCCGACUUAUCCGACAAUGACUAA